AGAGCCCCGACCCAAUAGGACGCAGGUGCGGCCGUAAGACGUGACGUCAUUCCGGCCUCGCCCUCGGUCCGCCCGCCUGCCUUCGGGCGGGCGCCGCCAUGUUGCGGGGUCCUCGCUCCGGGCGUGUAGGUGUCUCCAUAAGAUGCCGGCUGAGCGCUUCCCCCCUCUUUUCUCCCCCAAGAUGGCGUCCAUGCGGGAGAGCGACACCGGCCUGUGGCUGCACAACAAGUUGGGGGCGACGGACGAACUGUGGGCGCCACCGAGCAUCGCGUCGCUGCUCACGGCCACGGUCAUCGACAACAUCCGCCUCUGCUUCCACAACCUCUCGUCCGCCGUGAAGCUGAAGCUGCUGCUGGGAACCCUGCACCUCCCUCGACGCGCGGUGGAUGAGAUGAAAGGAGCAUUGACUGAAAUUAUCCAGCUUGCAACCUUGGAUUCAGACCCUUGGGUCUUAAUGGUAGCUGAUAUUUUAAAAUCCUUCCCAGAUACCGGUUCACUUAACCUUGAUCUUGAAGAACAGAAUCCCAAUGUUCAGGAUAUUUUAGGAGAGCUUAGAGAAAAAGUUAGCGAGUGUGAAGCAUCUGCUAUGUUGCCUUUGGAGUGUCAGUACUUGAACAAAAAUGCCUUGACCACACUUGCUGGACCACUCACGCCCCCUGUGAAGCAUUUUCAGCUGAAAAGAAAGCCGAAAAGUGCCACUCUGAGAGCAGAGCUCUUGCAGAAAUCCACAGAGACCGCCCAGCAGCUCAAGAAAACAGCUGGAGUACCUUUCCAUGCCAAAGGAAGGGGACUGGUCAAGAAAAUUGAUACCACAACACCUCUUAAAGGCAUCCCAAAACAGGCUCCUUUCAGAAGCCCAACCACACCCAGUGUUUUUAGCCCUGCUGGAAACCGGACUCCAAUCCCCCCCUCUCGAACCCCUCUACGAAAAGAACGGGGAGUGAAGUUACUAGAUAUUUCAGAGCUGGAUAUGGUUGGUGCAGGCCGAGAGGCAAAAAGAAGAAGAAAGACUUUAGAUACAGAAGUUGUGGAAAAGCAAGCCAAAGAAGAAACAGUUGUCGAAAAUGCUACUCCUGAUUACGCUGCUGGCCUCGUCUCUACCCAGAAGCUUGGUUCUUUGAACAAUGAGCCUGCAUUGCCUUCUACAAGCUACUUGCCUGCAACUCCCAGUGUGGUUCCAUCCUCCUCCUAUAUCCCAAGCUCUGAAACACAGCCAGCUCCUUCGGCUCGAGAGACCUUGCAGACCAUCCGGCAGCCAGAAGAGCCUGCAACCCCAAACACUACUCUCCCUUCGCAGUUCAAGCAGAGAACACCCAUGUACAACAGCAGUGCCAACCCUGCUCCUGCAGCAGCUGCUCCACCUACCUCACCUCUGACCCCUACGGCCCUGCCUGCCAUUGCCCCUGCAGCCCAGACUCCUCCAGUGGUGCCACAGACCCAGCCAGCCCCACAGCCGCAACCCAAGAAAGGCCUGUCUCUCACGAGGGAGCAAAUGUGUGCUGCACAAGAAAUGUUCAAGACUGCAAACAAAGUGACCAGGCCCGAGAAGGCGCUCAUCCUGGGCUUCAUGGCUGGAUCCAGGGAGAACCCUUGCCAAGAGCAGGGUGACAUCAUUCAGAUCAAGCUUAGCGAGCACACGGAAGUCCUUGACAAAGCUGACGGCACAGGGAGCACCACCAUGUUAGUCGACACAGUCUUUGAAAUGAACUAUGCCACUGGCCAGUGGACCAGGCUCAAGAAGUAUAAGCCCAUAACCAAUGUUUCCUAGGGGACCACGCCGAGCAUGGACAGCCACCUCUGCUGAAGAGAAAGCAGAGACAGCCCUUCCCAAGGAUCUCCACGCUCUGUUUCUUGUUCCCUUCCAGGCUGUCUAGCUUUUACCAAGCCCCCCCUCGGGAGUGUGCUCCGAGUGACAGCUGCACAGACUGAGGCCUGGUGGAUUGGUAGGGUUUCCAGGAUGGAAAAGAUGGAUUGAGUGUGCAGUGUCCUAGUCCUUCCUUUGAGAACAUCCUCUCUGGCUGAGCAGAGCUCCAUUCCAAACUCAGGGAGGACGGAUGAUUUAUGGGAUUGCUUUCAAAUUUUCUCUUGAGCCGAGAGGAUAAAUUCCCUGCAGAUUUGUACGACCUUGUGCUUUAGCUCAUUUUGCUAGGGGAAAAAAUGACAUGUGAGGAGAGUUGGGGAAUCCUGUGCGGUCUGAAUGCAUCAGUAUCAGUGCACUGUAAAAUUGGGACUCCCGGAAGAAGCAUUAAUCUCUCCUUAGCUUAGAUGAGCACCGAAGACCCCAUUUACCCCUUAGUAUUGGGACAUCAGAUAUUGCCAAAACUAACACUCUCAUACUGCUUGCAAGCUACCUGAUUGACCCUUUGCCCUGCUGGCAGUCUGGCUGGACAUCCGUGGCAUCUGCCCACAGGCUUCCAAGGACUGGUGCAUCGAGAAAGGUCAUGUAACUUUGAGUAGGCCAUGAUGUGUGGUGGGAUGGUUUGUUGUAUCGUCCUUGGACUUAUCCAUGAGCUCACGAUGUGAGGGGACAUAGGAAAGAGGUGAAAAUGUCAGUGAAGAACAGCUAUGAGAAUGCUGCAUAUCAAAAGCUGGGGCUCCUGCCCUGGUUACUGAGACUUGAGGCUAGGUUAAUUUGUAUCUGUGCACAGGCCAUGGCUAAGAAUGGCACUGUGGGCCGUUAGAAAGGCCCUGGGAUAGGGAGCCAGGCAGGCCCCCAGGAGAGGAUGGGAACAGUUCUCUGGCCAUCGAAGCACCCCUUGCUUGCUGGGUUAAAGCCUUAAGAGCUAUUGGAGGUCUUUAAACCUUUGUGUGUGUACAGCGGCCAUGGCCAUCACUGCUGGCUUCUUCAGUCACAUCGUCAAGAGAGGCAGCACUUAGAUUUAAACUGAUCCUAGCUUUUCCAAGAUCUUUGGUUUGGGGGAGGGGGGUGUUAGAGCAAUAAUUCAGAGGUGCAAAACCCAAUUGUUACUCUGAAAAUGAAUGUUUACAUGUGUAGAGCUUCAGCUGGUAGCAGCACGAGGAUUGGCCCCCAGCAGAGAGAUGGUCUGUGGCUGGUGCUUCUUGUGGGGGUAAUUUCAGAGCCACCCUGUGUUAUCUGACCACUCCUGACUGUGCAGUACGCAGGUACAGCCUGUGUUAGUUUGCAGAGUUAAGUCCUCUGGAGUGAAUGGUAAGGUUGGUUUUAGUUAUUCUUGGGGGGAGGAGAGGAGAGAAGAUGGGGUUUUUUUUUUUAGAUGUUUUGUUUUGUUUUUGGAUUUUAUGUUACAUUUUGCAAAGCUAAAUUUAACCAAAAAAAAAGUUAGAGCAUUUUCUUAAUUUUAGUGACUGAUAUUCCUGUUGGCCUUUUAUCUAACUUAAAUUUUUUUAAGGAGAAAUUCUGGUAAUUGUUAACUGAGUUAUUUUUCUAUUAAGAUGUAUCUGUGUGCUAGUAGAAAGUUAACUGCUUUGAACUGCAGGUGCUGGCUACAAGCAUGGAACAUGAAUGGUGUUUGAGGCUUGAGGCCUUUGGCAUUGGGAGAGCUCUUCACCUCCCAUGAUGUGGGCUCAGACCAGACUGAGGUUGACAGUGACCAAACAUGGCCACUCCCAUCUUCCAGAGUUGAGGUGGUGUCCCUGGGGCCUCUGGAUGGCCAGCAAGAGGAUACACAGUAGAAGUGAUGAUUCCUGUGGGUGUUGGGGCCAAAGUCAGUCACUGGAGGAAUUCCUAGGCAAGGGAUAGGAAUGGCCACAGCCCUCUGGAGAGGGAUUCCCACUGCCAGAGAUAAUGUUUUCUGCGUGUAUGUAUUAAUAUUUUCUUGUAUUGCUGUAGAUUUCGAAAUAUGUGAUCAGAUUUAAAAAGUAAAUGGGAAUGUACCACCUUCCACAUUUAUGUAACAAAAGCCUACUAUUGCUGCCCCCUAGCAAAGCAACUUGUCUCUUUAACUUUCUCAGUCCAGCUACUAAUUUGGGGGGAGCCGUUAGUUUAGUUUUGGUAGGGUUUAAUGAAGCAAAAGGGCAACAGUACAUCUAUUUUUGAAAUAAUUACAUUAGGAAGUUGCUAAACACAGAAGAUCCUCCAUCCCUUGGUUGGGUCAGUCCAUACUGCAUUAAGGGGCCAUCACAGCGUCAGACAAUUCAGAAGAUCGCAAGAUGUAUUUCCUGCAUUUGAUUCUCUCGGGAACAGGAGCAUUUUGCUGUUUCAUGAGGAAAUGUUCUCACCCUCUGAAAUUUGUGUUUGCUUUGGUGUGCUGCUGCCAGGCCCUCAGCAGCAUAACAGGGUCCCGAGAGCCAGAGGGCAGCACUUUUCUUGGAGCCAUAGAUGAGAAAAUACCUUUUCCAUCCUCUACCCUGAACAAUGAAUGGUUCCUCAGCCUGAAUCAUGUUAAAUAUAGAUGGGCUUCUCUGGCUGGACCAAGCAUCUAGCUCCACCCAGGUUUGCAGCCCUCAAGGCUGAGAAACAUUUUCAUAGCAAGAUUUGACUGGUAAGAGUUAGAACAUCAGCCAGCCAGACUGCCCCUAUCCCAUAAAUCUGGUGCCUUUGAUUAUUUUAAAAAAGAAAAAGUCAUUUUGUAAGAUGUUUCAUCUCCAGCAGAGCCCCUUAUGUUUUCUAUUUCUUGGUUUUUGUACAGUUGUAAAAAUAUUGCAGAUCUUCUGUCUCUGGGUACGUAUUUUCAGUGUAAUACAUACAGUCUGUAUAAUAAAAGUUUAGAUUUUCUA